AUGCCCAAGCGCAAGCAGGAGGAGCCGCUCCCAAGCAGCAGCGCGGAGGCUGAGGAGCAGGGCUCCGAUCCAACCUCGUCGGAUGACAGCAGCGACGGCUUCCCAUCGGGGGCCGAGGGGAGCAGCGGGGAGAGCAGCGACGACGAGGCGGGGGAGGCCUUUGAGCAGGUGGAUGUGGACUUUGGCUUCUAUUGCCCCCAGGAGAAGGACUUUCAGGGGCUGAGGACAUUGCUGCAAAACUUCCUGGACGGCCAGCAGUGGGCCUGCUCCGAGCUGGGCAGCAGCGCGGGCGUGGGCAGCGUGAUAAAGUGCGGCGAGGAGGACGACCCCAUCGGCGUCUCCACCGUGCUCAGCCUGCGCCGCCACGCCGACGCCAAGCCGCUGCGCCAGCUCCACGACUUCCUGCUGGCGGCCGCCGGCGACGAGCACCGGCAGCGCCUGGAGAAGGCCUGGGCGGCUGCCGGCACCGGCCUGGUUGUCAACGAGCGCCUGGUCAACUCGCCGCCGGAGCUGGCAGAGCCGCUGCAGGGGUCGCUGUUUGGUGAGGUUGAGGAGGCGGCCCAGGACGAGGAGCUGGGCGAGGAUGAGCGGGCAGCGUUCAAGCUCAGCCAGUUCCUCAUGGUGGUGCGCGCAUACACAGACCCCCAGCAGCAGCAGAGCGGCGCUGCAGCAGGCGGCAGCGGCGGCGGCGGCAAGCAGCAGCAGAAGAAGAAGAGGCAGCAGAAGGGAGCAGCGGCGGGGGCGGGGCAGCAGGAUGCGGCGGCAGGGGUGGUGCACUUCCUGCCCGAGGCAGAGUGCUACCAGGCAGCGGCGCAGUGGAGCUACGCCUUCCCCGUGGCCGACCGGCUCGUGGGCAAAGACGAGCUGCAGCCGUGCCGCGUCGUCAUGCUGAUCAGCGCGGCGGCGGCGGCGGCGGCCCGGCAGCAGCUGUCGGAGCUGAUGAAGGCGGCCGCGCAGUGA